ACAGUCGAUGAUGUUAUCGUUCCGUAAAUAUUUCUAGAUUAUCGAAGUAAUCGAAACAGAACAACCUAAGCAGUAUCAAAACUGUACCAGUAUCUGGUGUAUAAAGUAAUCUGUGUAAUCUGAUAGUUGGUCUUUACACCUAUGUGCUCCGCGAACAGUUGCCGCGCGUUGACAUUAAUGCGACAUGGGCUACAACAUUUAUAAUCAGUUCAGGCUGAACCAGAGCCGAUAGCGAAAGUGGCUGUAUAGUUUAGCAAUCGCUCAAUGUUUGAAACGUAAAUAAUGAAAACAACUCAUCUUCCGAUGUCCAGUUUACACAAAUCAAAAACCGGCUUGUGACAGCGAACACCACCACCAGGUAUAAGCCGAUCAAUUCAUUUUCAUCAGUCACCAAUUCACGCAACACAACCACGUGCAUAGACCUUACCUGUAUCGAUGUAGCAUAGCUAUAAAUCGCGAUCGCGAUCAGUCCACAUGUCCAUCCACCCUUUCAGCGUAUUGCGAACACACACUCGCGCUUUUACCUUCGACCAGUGAACAACGCACGAACGCACAAGGAACGAUAAUUAGCAUUUACAUUUGGAUUGCUCUUUGAAGCCAAUUUAUUCCGCUAUUAUAAUAGGAAGAACUCGGUCAACCGGAAAUGUCGCUGAUCGAGAGUGAAAAGUUCAUCGUCUACGGUGGACCAGAUCCGGUAGAGCUGCUUCAAGGUGCAUCUCUCGGAGAAAUGAUGAUCAAAGAUUUGAAGCUUAGACCGGCAAAUAUUGGGCUGAUCGAUCCCGUUUCGGAAACCGCGCUCAGUUAUCAGCAAAUUUUGGACCAGUCGGUGAAGGUGGCUGUAGGGCUGCUGGAACUCGGGGUGAAAAAACAUGACACCGUCGCUAUUGUCAGUCAGAACUGUUUGGAAUAUUGUUUCGCGAUGUUCGGGACGAUAUUCACUGGAGCUACCCUGGCACAGUUCAAUCCUGCCUACUUAGAAGGCGAACUUGAACAUGCUAUAGCUAUGACCAAACCAAAAAUUAUUUUCGUUAGCAAUGGCGUCGCAAACAAAGUUUCCGCUGUCAGUGGAAAGUUGAAAUGCGCAGAAAAAAUUUUCGUGUUUGAUACAUAUGUGGAAUCAUCUCAGAAUUCAUUAGGCACUCCAUUCAGUAAUCUGUUGAAUCGACAUGUUUCAGCGGACGAUUUCCACCCGGAACCCGUAGACAAACAGAACCACGUAGCACUAGUUCUGCUAUCCUCCGGAACAACUGGUCUCCCAAAAGGGGUGCAGCUGACGCAUGCCAACAUCAUGACCACGAUCGCCCAUUCCAAAGAAGCAGCCAAGUUGCUGGAUCUACCGGAUCAGUUGGUAGCACUGGCUGUGACUCCACUCUUUCAUGUACUGGCCAGCGUUGGUCUAAUUAACAUGGUCACCAACAAUUGCCGUUGCGUAUUACUGCCCAAGUUCGAUGCCGUUCUUUUCCUGCAGAGCAUUCAGAAGUAUAGGGUCAACCUAAUGUCGGUAGUACCGCCGUUAAUGGUUUUUCUGGCGAAGCAUCCCAUGGUUGACAAUUAUGAUUUGUCCUCGCUGAUGACGCUUUUCUGUGGUGCCGCACCACUGAGUAAAGAAAUUGAAGAUCAAGUCCGGAAAAGGCUAGGAAUCGCUUUCGUUCGGCAGGGAUAUGGAAUGACCGAAACCACGUAUGUCAUGUUAAUGCAAACCGGGUUCGAGAAUAAGGCCGGUUGCGUAGGGCGAGUUCGGAUGGGGCAGUGGGUUAAGGUAAUUGAUCCUGACAGUGGAAAAGUUCUGGGACCGAAUCAACGUGGGGAACUGUGCUUUAAGGGAUCACUGAUCAUGAAAGGUUAUGUGGGAAAGGAGUCCGCAAUCGAUGACGAUGGUUGGCUGCAUACCGGUGACAUUGGGUAUUACGACGAGGAUGAAGACUUUUUCAUAGUGGAUAGAAUCAAGGAAUUGAUUAAGUACAAAGGCUUUCAAGUUGCUCCUGCCGAAUUGGAAGCUAUUUUACUGCGACACCCGAAGGUGAAAGAUGCUGCAGUAAUUGGAUUACCGGAUGAAAGAGUUGGAGAGCUAGCGACGGCUUUCGUUGUUAAAGAACCAGGAGUGGAUGUAAGCGAAGAUGAAAUCGUACAGUUCGUCGCGAAACAUGUUUCGCUGCAAAAACAACUGCACGGUGGUGUACGAUUUAUUUCGGAAAUACCAAAAACUGCGACUGGGAAAAUACUACGCAGAAUACUUAAGGACACAGAUAAAUCAAUACUGUCAAAGCUCUGAAGACUGACUAGACAUUAUUUUCCAAGUCUUGUUCAUCAUGUUACGGAUUUUUAAUUGGCUAUUUCCUGCGUAUUGUAAAUUAUUUCGUACUCUUUCGCUUUAUGAUCCGUUUAUAGUUGGCGACUGUCGAACAGACAGAUCUGCCGGCAUAUGCAUAGAUACAAUACAAUGCCCUCUCAGGAAUAGGAUAAAAUAUUAU